AUCUUACCAAUUAUUCAUUUUGUAUAUGGCAGGAGACUGAAUACAAUGGAAUCGACAUAAACAUGGAGCAAAGUGGGUGUUGCACGACAAUGACGGGCAUAAGAAGGCAUGCGCGUCAAGGGAUUAAAGUUUUGUUGCCUCAAAACAAUGGGAGUCAAAUAACUCAGUGGGCCUAAGUUCAAGUGCAUAUAAACCGAGUCCAAAUUUCACUCUCAUAUACCAAAAUCAGGGUAUUCAUGCUUUACACCUGAUCAACCAUUCUAUUACCUUCCCAAAUCCCAUAUCCUUCACGAAAAACUCUGUGCCCUUCUCUCCAGAAAUUCAAGACCAAUCUUUUCAUGUCCCCCUCAUUUUGCUCGGCAUAUCAAAUUCUUCUGUAAAUGUCUUCUCUGUUGUUAAUCACACUUUCUCUGCCACCGACCUACACCCAUUUCACACUAGAACUAAUUAAUAAUGAUCUAUCAGUUUUUAGGGUGGAUUGAAUUGAAAACACAAGUGAAGAAGAGUGAUGUACUAUCAACAAUCGGCGUUAGCAACGAACAAUGAUUGUCUCAAUUUCAUGUCUACAUCAGUUGGUACCUGCGAUAUCUCUCUGUGAAACAAGGAAAAGGAGAAAAGGGAACGGAACACAAUCUGUGGAAGUGCCUAAAACCAGUUUAUACUGGCGGUAUCAUUCUCGAACCUUAAAGUUAUUAUCUCCAAUAAUUUCCAUGAUGGCUUGUUGAACUGUAACCCCAUGGUUUAGCGUUAAACCUCUGAACUUUUUGAUGAUUUUGUAUUGAAUGAUAAACCAUGUUCACCCGAUAAACGAGGUGCCUGAAAGUGCAUUUUCCAUAAUCCUGGAAAGUUGAAUAACCUGUCGGAAUACGUGUUGAACUUGUCAUUUUGUUGUGCGCCCCCUUAAUCUUAGCAGAACUCGUGCCUGUGUGCGUUUAACCCUGAAUCUUGUUGUCAUUCCUAUAAGCAUUACUUUACUGGUUUGUGUACUACUGCUUGUCUGAAGUGCAACAUUGCAAAGCUGUAUAUACAAAUUCUAGGGCUAGCCUUUUAAUUCUCACGAGCAUUGUCUUCCUGUAUUGCUUGGUUAUCUGAUUGUUAUUUUCAUGACUAUCUGUUGAACCAGUCUCCUUGGUACCUUUGUGCAUGAAUCCAUGAUACUUGAAAGCAUGGUACCUGCUGAAUCUGUUGUGUUCGGUGUGCAUAAUUCUGAAAACUAGCUUUUGGUUCAUAUGAGUUUAGCUUCUCUGUUUUGAAAAAUCGUUGGCUGUCAGAGUGUUGUAACAUGCUUGAUGUGUGCUAGGCUAAGAUUGUUGCUUUUUGUGACCAAACUGAUGGUCUAGAUAGUCUUCAUCCAGACUGCCUACUUCAAACCUUAUUUCCCAUUAUUGACACACCUGUCCAAGUUGAGACAAUGGGUGAUGAUAUCAGUUGGCCCCGUACUCUCCAUGAGUACUGUACAUGUAUCCCACAAGGACAAGUCAGUUAUCAUGUAUUGUGUUAUCCCAGACUGAUGGUCCAUUUGAAUUGGCUGCAAACAUGAUACAAAUGCUUCCAAUAUUUCGAGGGGUUGAAUCUGAAAACCCCUAUUAUCAUGUAAGAGAGUUUGAGCAAAUCUGUCGGACUAUGCAGUUUGAAAAUAUUUCCGAGGACUCUCUAAAGUUGCGUUUGUUUACGUUUUCGUUAAAAGAAAGUGCUAAAUCAUGGUUUUACAGUCUGAGACCACAGUCAAUCACCACUUGGGACCAACUCACAACAAUAUUUUUCAAAAAGUUAUUUCCAUAUCAUAGGACCAUCAACAUUCGUCAAAGUAUAAAAUUUUUUUUCCAGUUAGAUGGAGAGACACUUUUUCAUUAUUUUGAAUCGUUUAAUGAUUUGUUGCUUGAGUGUCCUCACCAUGGCUUUGAGAAGUGGAGACUGGUCGCCAUUCUUUAUGAGGGACUAAACUUUAAGUCUCAAGCCUUGGUUGAGUCUAUGUGUAAUGGUGAGUUCAUUGAUAAAAUUGUGGACGAUGCAUGGUCAUUUCUAGCUGAAGUUGUAGAGAAAACCCAUCAGUGGGAAUCCUAUAGGGAAACUAGGACAAUGUCACAUGAUAUGGGUGAUCUCCAUGAGUCAGAUGUUGAUUUUGACUCUAAUGCAAAUAUAGAAUUCUUAAUUAGGAGAGUUGAAGCUCUAGAAAGGUGCACAAAUGAAAAUUCUGAUGCACCCAAGUUAUGUAUCCAGACGGAAUUCUCUUUUAGUAUCUCGUGUGAUAGCUUAGGCCAUUUGAUUGAGAACUGCUCUGAAUUGCAUGCCAUUAAGCAGUCUAAAUUGCAUUGUGCCAAUACUUCCCAUCAAAUGAAUGAUAAUAACCCAUACUCAUUAACUUGUGAACUAGGAAGAAGAAACAAUCUGAAUAUCUCAUGUAUUGAUGACCCUACGCAAGGUUUGCAACCUGCAGUGAGUCAAGUUGUCACUGUACCAAAUGAAAAUGAAAGAAGUGACGAGCAUGUGGACUAUAAAUUUGAAAUGUUUGUUUUUACCAAUGAGCUUAAUUCUGAAUAUAGUGUUUCAUACCCUAUUGCUGAAAAUGUCAAUCCAUAUUCACCUAUUUUAGAGGCAGAUGUAUGGGCGGAAAACACUAAUGGUUUUGACAAAGUAGGAUUUUCAUGUAUUUGUGAUGAUGAUGAUGAUGAUGAUAUAAUGUUAGAGGAGGUCAUUAAUUCUGAAAAUGAAAUUUCAGAGUGUUGUAAGUCUGAAAUGCUAAACCAUAAUGUAGAGAUAUUUAUUGAUAAUAUCCCUUCUAAUGUUGAUAUUCAUCGCAAUGAUGUUGAGCUGGGACUUGUGCAAUAAUUCGGUAAAAGAAAGCAUGACAGAAAACUUGUGCCUGAUUUAGGAAAUAUUGAAUCUUCUGUCGGCACUAAUGUUAGUAUGCAUGAAAAUAUAUUUGAUGUGUCUGAUUCUCGGCCUAGGUCACAACAUGAUGUUUCUUAUGAUCUGCCUAUGCAUGAAACUAAAGUUUUGGAUGAUGAUAAUACUGAAUUGGGGUUUGAUAAUUUGUUCAAUGACUUUGAGCAUAAGAAAGCACAACUUGUUUCUGGAUGGGAAAAUACUAGGAUGCGUAGUGACACUUUUGAGCUUAAUCAUGAUUAUAACUUAGACGUAUCUAGCUCCCUGCCCAUGUCACAAACUGAGACUCUUCCACCCAACCUAGAUUUUGCAUGUAAAGAUAUUGUAAAACCAACUUUUCUGAGAGUUCCUAAUCUAGGAUUGGAACUAUGUGCCUCCCAAGUCCUCUUGGACUAUUUUGAAUCUAAAUAUAAUACAUUUGAGGAGCCACGGUUGGAAUGUUUGUCUCUGCCCGUCCCUAACAAAGUCCAUUUUGAAUUAGAUCUUGUGCAUGCAGAACCCCUAAGAUUGCAAGAUUUUUUGCUCAAAAACACAUCUGUUGUCAACUUUAGGUUUGGGGGUACUCGUUUACAUAUGCAGCCUUACUUGCGCUCUCCUGUUAUAUAUGUGUAAGGCUGUUGAUGUCUCUGCAUGUCUUCUUUUGGGUUGAUCCUCAACUCUUUAGGUUGUAUGUGUAUGGUUAAGUUUUCUUGUAUAUAAUCCAGUAGGUAAUAUUUCAGUUGAAUCUUAUGUUUCUUUUGUAUAUAUUAUGCUAAUCCAAUGUGAUCUCAGCUGAAAAAUGUUGGAUUCUAGUAGUAAAUAAUGGAGUUUGGUUCUUUCUAACGUCAAAUCUGGUAAUCUCUUUCCUUAUUCUCAAACUCAUCAUGUUUCUCCUGGUAUGUUACAGUUAUAUUCCGUUUAUCAUUAGAAACAUUGAGGACAAUGUUUAGUUUAGGUUUGGGGGUAGAGAGUAGAUGCCAUUGACUAUCACUGUGCUACAUUUUCUUUGAAACUUAACUCUUCUAUAUGAAAUGAAAAAUGAAAAAAUGAAAAAUGGAGCUCAUUUACCUUGAAUUGUGAUACCUGUGCGUAUAUGAUAUCUAGGAUUAUUAGUCUAGAUGAUGAGGCACCCCUGAUUUUAGCACAAUUCACAUGUUGAUAAGAAACUUGCACAUGCACGAUCUACCAAUACAUGUAUGGCCUCGGGCAGGUGUUUUAUUGGUUAAGUAGGCUGUCAAUCAUCUAGAAUAUUGAAUGAGACUUGACUAGCUUGUUCUUUGGUUGGCUGGGAUAGAAGUUGGAGGAUAUGUUAAGAAAAACAACCAUUGGAUUUGACCAGGUGCAUCGAAAAGGGAUACCUCUUGCUAAAAGUGUCAUGUAAUGUAUUGUUCUAUCUUUAUGUAAAGUUGUUGGGUCAUCUUGUGUUUGUAAAUAUCGUUCUUCCAAAAUCAGUGAAAAAUGAGUUGAGAAUGAAAGUUCUUCAAAAAUCAGUGAAAAAUCAGUUGAGAAUGAAAAUUCAGAAAGAAAAGAAAAUUCAGUUAUCUAAAAAAAAAUGCUUAAGUGUCUCUCUUGUGUCAAAAUGAGAGUAUUCAAUGUACAUAUUAUAGUCAAAGCCCUUUUUUGUUUUGUGUUGUAAAUAGUCUUGUAAGAUGCAACGAGGGUGUAGACAUCGAUGUACAACGCGGGUAAGCUGAAAUAUCACCAACUCUUAGGUGAACAUUCACAAUUCUCGUAAAGCUGGACAACUAGCUUGGCUUUGAAUUCAGUUCUUAGCCUAAAAACUAUCUUUUAGCAAUUGGCAGUCAUAACUUCUGAUCAUUCUCUACAUGUGUAGAUACACUUUACACUCUUAUCACAUGUCCUUAGUUGUUUCAGUGCUAGAAUUGUGCCUUUGAAAGCUAGAUUGACAUAUCCAAUUGCUGUGAGCUAAAAUUGAAUUGUAGGUAUCACUUUCAUGGAAUCUGAGCUUAUAUUUUGUCCUACAACUCUUCUUAGCUUUUGUUUUGCUCGUGGACGAGAAGAAUUCAGGUUUGGGGGUGUGAUCAGUGCCUAAUAAUGCAUAUUUCUAGAUCAUUUUGUUGUCUUUUAUCACACCUCAUGUGCAUUAUAUCCAUGUUUUUGUGCAAAUUUAUACAUCUUCUUCUCUAAGUACUCUGAAGUAAAUUCAUAUUAGUAACCUUACCAAUUAUUCUUUUGUAUAUGGCAGGAGACUGAAUACGAUGAAAUCGGCAUAAACAUGGAGCAAAGUGGGUGUUGCCCGAUAAUGAUGGGCAUAAGAAGGCAUGCGCGGUAAGGGAUUAAAGUUCUGUUGCCCCAAAACAAUGGGAGUCAAAUAACUCAGUGGGCCUAAGUUCAAGUGCAUAUAAACCGAGUCCAAAUUUCACUCUCAUAUACCAAAAUCAGGGUAUUCAUGCUUUACACCUGAUCAACCAUUCUAUUACCUUCCCAAAUCCCAUAUCCUUCACGAGAAACUAUGUUCCCUUCUCUACAGAAAUUCAAAACCAAUAUUUUCUUGUCCCCCUCAUUUUGCUCCGCAUAUCAAAUCCUUCUGUAAAUGUCUUUUCUGUUGUUAAUCACACUUUCUCUGCCACCGACCUACACCCAUUUCACAUUAUCCCUAAUUAAUAAUGAUCUAUCAGUUUCUAGGGUGGCUUGAAUUGAAAACACAAGUGAAGAAGAGUGAUGUACUAUCAGCAAUCGGCGUCAGCAACGAACAGUGAUUGUCUCAAUUUCAUAUCUACAUCAGUUGGUGAGUUGUUGGAAGUGGUCAAACAUUUCAGCCCUAAUUUUAAAUAUAUUUUAGCUGUCAUUAUGAGAUUUGAUUAUUGGGAGAGGUCUUGUAUAAAUAGGGAUGAGAUUUUGUAUCAGAACUCAAGCCCGGACUAGCCGGUGCAACAUGCAGUAAUAACUUAGGGUUUAAUUUCGUUAUGUAUUAUGUUCUAAACAUCUUUGCUAGGGAAAAAGAUGAAACCCUUAAUUUACUUCUAGAUUAUUCAUGUUUUCAAUGUUAUUCU